GCCCCCCCAGCCGGCAUGUUCAUGGCCCCCUCUCAGAUGCAGUUUCCGGUCCAGGCCUCCGCCGCCGGCUACCAAGCCUUCCCUGGAAUGGGCGCAGGUGUGCCCCCCACCACCGUGAUGGGCGCCAUGAUGGCUCAGAGCGGGGCGGCCAUGAUGGGGCCCAAUCCAGGCAUGAUGGUCGGGAUGACGAUGCCCAACGGCUUCAUGGGAAACGCUCCCGCGGCGGGGAUGAUGGGCAUGGCCCCCAGGAUGGUGGGACCCCAGGGAGGCGCGAUGCCCGCAGGCAUGGUGCCCGCUCAGGGCAUGUACGCCAUCCAGCCGGGGCAGCAGACGCAGUGGAGCAUGGGACAGGUGGGAGGAGCUACUGUCACUGUGGGAAUGAAGUGCUGAGGCUUUAUUAACUGG